AUGACAAGCUUGAAAGGAAUUGUUGACAAUAUUAUCAAGAGCAAGAGCUACGACAAGGGUAGUGAGAUACCGUUGCAAGAUUGCCUCGAGCUUUAUUCCGAUGGAACUGAUUCUUUAAACGAAGCUUUGAUGAAUGUUAAAUCGCGCGAUUACGGAAGCGCUAAGGUGAAUCUCGGUGCUGCUUUGGAUGCACCGGACACUUGUGAAACUGGAUUCAAAGAAGGAAAGCAACUGAAAUCUCCACUUACAAAUGACAAUAAUGUGUUGUUUCAGAAGAUUUUGAUUCCUUUAGCUUUUACAAAUAUGUUAUAA